AUGCGUUCUGCAACAGAAUAUCUAGGUUCUUCUACUAUGAAUCAACGUGGCAAUCAAGUUCAGUCUAUGGAAAAUUCCAGCUUAGAAAAUGAGCUUAAUUUAUUUCAAAAACAUGUUACUGAUAGGUUCAAUGAACUAUCUUCUUCUGUUUCUAAUGAUGAUUUGUUAUCUCUUUCUUGGGUUAGGAAUCUUCUAGAUACAUUCCUUUGUUGCCAAGAGGAAUUCAGAAUGAUUCUUCAUAACCGUAGAUCGAAAGUGUGUAAACCACCUUUGGAUCGUUUGGUGAAUGAGUUUUAUGAGAGGAGUGUGAAGGCAUUGGAUGUAUGCAAUGCUGUUAGAGAUGGUGUCGAAAUGGUUAGACAAUGGGAGAAACUAUUGGAGAUUGUUCUUUGUGCUUUGGAUCAUAAAAGAAUCAUUAGUGAAGGCCAAUUUCGUCGUGCCAAGAAAGCUCUUGUUGAUUUGGCUAUUGGUAUGCUUGAUGAUAGUAGUAAAGAUUCUAAUAAUGGUUUUUCAUUUGCAUCUAGAAAUAGGUCAUUUGGUAGAAACAAUGUUCAUCAUCUUCGACGGGAUUCAUCUGCAUUAGGUCAUUUUCGAUCACUUUCUUGGAGUGUAUCGAGGAAUUGGUCAGCUGCUAGACAAUUACAAGCAAUCGGGAGCAAUCUUUGUUUUCCUAAGAAUAAUGAUCUUGUUGCUACAAAUGGUCUUGCUUUGACUAUUUAUACAAUGAGUUCAAUUUUGUUGUUUACAAUGUGGGCACUUGUGGCUGCAAUUCCUUGUCAAGAUAGGGGGUUACAUCUCAACUUUUCUAUUCCACGGCAGCUAUCUUGGGCUGCUCCGAUGACAUUGCUCCACGAGCGGAUUUUGGAGGAGUCGAAGAAAAGGGAGAGGAAGAAUUCAUGUGGUCUUUUGAAGGAGAUUCAGAAGAUUGAGAAGUGUGCUAGGGUGAUGAAUGAUAUGGCUGAUUCUUUGGAGUUUCCUUUGAGUGAGGAGAAAGAAGAGGAAGUAAGGGUUAAAGUGGACGAUGUUGUGAAUGUUUGUGAAAGUUUGAAAGAUGGAUUGGAUCCUUUGGAAAGACAAGUUAGGGAAGUAUUUCAUAGAAUUGUUCUUGGUAGAAUGGAAGGGAUUGAUUUUCUUAGUUGA